AUGGCGUUGAAACUGGCAAAGCCUUACGGGCGCCACCCUUUUCCACUCGACGAACAGUUGAGGGCCAAGUUUUGUUUCCUAACAAAGAGAAAAAAGAGCAUAGAAGCAAUGGCGCCCAAAAAGAGGCUGCAAGGUGUUGAUGACAAAUUGCAGAAGCUUCUGGAUGCUAACAUGGAUGAAGCUCCUGCCAGAAGGCGGGCUCGUGAGGCCUUCAAGGAAAUUCAGCUGGGGAUUGACCAUAUUUUGUUCAAGACACCCACAGAUGGAUUGAAAAUAGAGGAGUCAUAUGAGGUAAACUCCAGGGGAUUGAAGAUCUUCUGCAAGAGUUGGCUUCCAGAGGCAUCUCGCCCCAAAGCAAUAGUGUGUUACUGUCAUGGUUACGGAGAUACUUGCACUUUUUUCUUUGAAGGAAUUGCGAGGAAGUUGGCUUCAUACGGAUAUGGAGUUUUCGCAAUGGAUUACCCUGGAUUUGGUCUUUCAGAUGGCCUUCAUUGCCAUAUUCCCAGCUUUGACAUUCUUGUAGAUGAUGUCAUUGAGCAUUACUCCAAUGUCAAAGAGAACCCUGAGUUCCAUACUCUUCCAAGCUUUCUCUUUGGACAGUCCCUGGGUGGAGCUAUAGCAUUGAAGGUUCAUCUAAAACAACCUAGUGCAUGGAAUGGCGCAAUACUUGUUGCACCAAUGUGCAAAAUUGCAGAUGACAUGGUUCCACCUUGGGCAUUAACACAAAUCCUGAUUGGUGUGGCUAAGUUCCUUCCAACGAAAAAAUUAGUUCCACAAAAGAACCUGGCGGAGGCAGCAUUUAAAGACUUGAAGAAAAGAGAAAUGACAGCGUAUAAUGUUAUUGCUUACAAGGAUAGACCACGCCUGCAGACUGCUGUGGAAAUGCUCCGAACAACUGAAGAGAUAGAACGUCAACUGGAAGAGGUCUCUCUUCCACUAUUAAUCCUACAUGGAGAGGCUGAUAUUGUAACUGAUCCAUCUGUAAGUAAGGCCCUGCAUGAGAAAGCAAGCAGUUCUGACAAGAAGCUCAUCCUUUACAUGGAUGCGUAUCAUUCCCUUUUGGAGGGUGAGCCAGAUGAAAUGAUAGUUCGAGUUUUUGGUGACAUCAUUUCAUGGCUCAAUGAGCGCAGUGAAAAAUUUACGGGCAGCUAACUACUCUGCACAUCUGUGGGCACCUGCAAUCAUGUUCUUCAUGUUUGCUUCAGAAAAGGGUAGGAGAACAAAGGGGAAAGGAGCAUUGGAUUGGAUGCGUCUAUUGUGAUGUACAGAUUUUUUUGGUGAAUAACAUUGGAUUAGUGUAUGAUCUAUGGCACACAAUUCAAAUAAACUUUAGGUUUCAAAGUCUUUCUCUUGUUUAACAUGAGCUGGGAGGCUGAAGCUUUUGGAUGUUGACCCGUUGUAAUUUGAGAUUUAACAAAGGAACAUUUUCUUUUCUUCUUGCUAGAUUUCAUCUUUCUUCAUUCCCAUAA